CUCCUCCGUCCCCACUUGAGGAGGCCGGCUUCCUCCUCCUCCUCCUCCUCCUCCUCCUCCUCCUCUGGGAGGGGAAUCUAUUUAAAGUGAACUUUGACGAAUGACCGAUCACAACGUUACCAUCCUCCCGUGGCAACAACACCCAGUCGAGAGCCGGAUCUGGACCUGAUCGAAGCGAGCGAGGACGAUCGACGAGACGAGACAUCUUCGAUAUACCUUGAACACUUGUUUUUUUCUUCCUCGUCCACGUAAACGGGACCGCGCUUUCACCGCGACGAUGAGGGGAACCAUUCUCGUUUUCGUAGCUCUGCUCGUAGUUGUCUGUGCAACCGAAGUUAAUCACUGUGGAACCGGAGAGAAGUUCGAGGAUUCGAAUCAGGUUAAGAUAACCGGCUGCGACGUACCACCGUGCAAAUUGAAACGAAGGACGAAGGCGUCGGUCGAGCAAAAGUUCGUGCCGAAACAAGAUGUCGAGUCUUUGGUGAACUCCGUGAACGCCGCUGUGCUUGGCGUACCGUUGCCGUUCGUCGGCGUGGAUGGGACCAGCGCGUGCGAUAACAUUUACAAUCUGGACGGAACUCCGGCUGGAUGCUCGUUAAAGAAAGACGUCGAGUACAUCUACAAGCGAGAGUUCCCCGUGCUGCAGAUUUAUCCCACGAUUUCCAUGGUUAUUCAUUACGCGCUGAUGGAAGGAAACAACACGAUCGCGUGCUUCGAAGUUCCAGCAAAGAUCACCAAUUGAGAAUGUCCCGUAUUUUUGUGGAGAAGAAGCGAUGAACGUGUUGUUACCUCGGUAUAAGAAAAUCUAUGUGCAACGCAAGAUGGAAGAGAAGCGUUUUCGCAUUGGAAAGAUACGAUCUCCGUGGAUAGAACGAUUCUCACGUAGUCUUGUCUCAGAGAACGAGCUUAAUCAGUAUCAUAUAUAUAGUGUAUGCGAGUAAUUGUAAUUCGUUAAUAAAAGCUUUUGUAUUUCUUUCGUCGCGA